UGUGUGUGUGUGUGUGUCUGUGCGUGCAUGCUUUUUCCGGUUGUAGAUUUUAAAAUGGUCUGGCCAUUGUGGGUUAAUCCAGAAUGUGUCUGGCUGGUCCCAAUGUAAAACACCAGGGUGAUGGCACCUUGGGGACGAGGAGAGAAGGUCAAGUGGUUGGGGAACUAGAAGAGGAGGGAGUAAGACAAAGGGAUGAGACACAGACAGAGGGAUGAGACACAGACAGAGGGAUGAGACAGACAGAGGGUGGAGGGGAAGAGCAGGGGUAGAGAAAAGGACAUGUGUUGAGACUAAUGAGCUUGUGUCAUGAAUAGCAUACUAUUCCCUAUGUCUUGCACUCUGAUGCUCAGACUAAAGUGUGGAGUGAGGCUGUGCCACUAUGUUCGGAAGCCCCAUAAUAUAAUGCAGGACAAAAUCUGUUGGUUUCUAGGGGGGAGCGGUAGAAGAGAGGGAAUGCAGAAAGAUGUAGAAGGUGUCAUCUGUCACCUCAUUUCUUUUCAAUCCAUUAUUUAAAAGGAUAAUGAACAAACAUUCAGCACUUAUUCAAUCUGUCAGACUCUGCCUUGGAGAUCUUCUGUAAUCUCCUGUUGAAUUAUUCAUUCGCCUGUGGUCCCUGGUUUGUUUAUAAUGCAUUUGGCACAAUGAAUUAUUACAUAGUUUAUAUGGAUGAAGGAUGUGGGCGUGUUGCUGUGGUGAAGUCAGUACACAGUCUACACUAGGCCUGGUAAAGUGGCCCAAUUUCGAGCUCCUCUGUGCCUUUGCGUGGAUGACAGAGAGUGUGUAUGUAGGUACAGAGUGAGCACCAGGGACUAGGUGAAAGCUUUCAUGUUCACUUGUGAACCGAAAGCAGGGUUGUGCUGUUUGUCUCUCUCUUUUCCGCGUUCUUUCCAUUAUCUUUCGCUCUUUUUUCCUCUCCUUUUGACUGCUUCAAGUCUCGCUCUCUCAGUUGUAAGCGGUUGCCAAGAGAACUGUAGUACAGUAACGACGGUAACAAGGCACGAGCUCCCCGCCAUUUCUUCCCGUUUGGAGAGCUGGAAUGUCGACCGGCGGCUCGAGCUCCUCUUCACGGAAGGACUUUGACGUGAAGCAGAUCCUCCGGAUCCGAUGGAGGUGGUUCGGCCAGCAGGCGGCCCCUCCGCCCAAUAAUCCCAAUUUACAGGACUUCUUUUGUGGGAGAGGAACUGGAGCAAGCAAGAGCCCGUCUGUUAGCGGCUGUUCUACCAGUAACGGAUCCGUAAACGGCGCAAGUACGGGAAAUAACGGUGUUGUAGCAGCCAGCAGCAGCAGUUACACUGGCAAUAGUUUGUGUAAUGCCAACAACAACAGAAAGUUCGUGGAUAAUUCUUUCGGGAUUCGCGCCGCUAUCCCAGUAGGAGCAGCUGGAAAUUCUUCUUGUCCGCGGUCCUUUAGCCAGCCGGAGUGGGUCACCCCGCCUUUCUCUCACUCCAGGCCGGUAGCAGACAUGGAGCGCCCCGGGGAGGGCUCGUUUCCCCAGCCGGCCGUGGCGGCUAUUUCCGCAGCUGAAGAGGAGACCGGGCCGCCGGGAGCUGAAGACAACAACAACCACGCGGACACUGACUCCAGCUCGUGCAGGACGUCCAACAGCAGUGCCACGCUGUCCUCAUGUGUAUCAAUGGAGCCGUGCGCGUGUGCCGAGGACAGUGUGUACCUGGCCCCCCGCCACGCUGACCUGACCUUCGGCCGGAUGGAGACCUACCUCCGCACCAAACAGCUCUGUGACGUCACCCUGGUGGCCGGGGAUCGCAGGAUACCUGCGCACAGGCUGGUUCUGUCUUCGGUAUCAGAUUAUUUCGCAGCCAUGUUCACCAGUGAUGUCCUGGAGGCCAAACAGGAAGAGGUUAAGAUGGAGGGGGUGGACCCAGAUGCAUUGUGGGCGCUGGUGCAGUACGCCUACACAGGUCGUGUGGAGCUGAGGGAGGAGACCAUCGAGAGUGUUCUGUCGGCGUCGUGUCUGCUCCAGCUGUCAGCGGUGGUCCAGGCCUGCUGUAACUUCCUCAUCAGGCAGCUACACCCGUCCAACUGUCUGGGAAUACGCAGCUACGCUGAUGCGCAGGGUUGUACCCACCUCCACUCUACAGCACACAGCUACACCAUGGAGAACUUUGUGCAGGUUGUAGAAGGUCAGGAGUUUCUCCUUCUCCCCCUGGACGAGAUGGACAGGUUGUUGUCCUCAGACGAUAUGAAUGUUUCCGAUGAGGAGACCGUGGUUACGGCGCUACUGAACUGGGUCCGCCACGACUGUUCUGCCCGGCAACCCCACCUGCCGUCGCUCCUCGCUCACAUACGAUUGCCUUUACUGAAACCCCAGUUCCUGGCAGACUUGGAGUCUAACCCUCUUCUCAGAGACAGUGUGGAGUGUCAGAGGCUUCUAAUGGAAGGUAUGAAGUACCACCUCUUGCCUCAACGGCGCCCCCUGCUGCAGAGCCCCAGAACUAGACCUCGCAAAGCUACGGUUGGAGUCAUGUUCGCCGUUGGAGGCAUGGACGCUACCAAAGGGGCCACCAGUAUCGAGCAGUACUGUCUCCGAAGGGAUUCUUGGCGCCAGGUGGCGGUGAUGAGUGGGCGUCGGCUGCAGUUCGGCGUGUGUGUGUUGGACCAGCGGCUGUAUGUGGUGGGGGGGCGUGACGGAUUGAAGACCCUGAACACCGUGGAGUGUUACAACCCCCACAGCAACACCUGGAGCGUCAUGCCGCCCAUGUCCACACACCGACACGGGCUGGGUGUGGCAGUACUAGAAGGUCCCAUGUAUGCAGUAGGAGGUCAUGAUGGCUGGAGCUACCUCAGCACUGUAGAGAGGUGGGAUCCUCAGGCUCGUCAGUGGAGCUUCAUAGCCAGUAUGGCCACGCCUCGAUCUACUGUGGGAGUUGCAGUCCUCAACGGGAAGUUAUAUGCAGUAGGAGGUCGUGAUGGAAGCUCCUGUCUGCGCUCGGUAGAGUGUUUUGACCCCCACACCAACAGGUGGAGCUGCUGCGCUCCAAUGGCCAAGCGCCGUGGCGGGGUGGGCGUGGCUACGUGGAACAGUUUCCUGUAUGCUAUUGGAGGACACGACGCUCCCGCCUCCAGCCUGGCAUCAAGACUCAGCGAUUGUGUGGAGAGAUAUGACCCUCAGACAGACGCGUGGACGGCAGUAGCGUCCAUGAGUAUCAGCCGUGACGCUGUAGGUGUGUGUCUCCUUGGAGACCGUCUCUAUGCAGUCGGUGGUUAUGACGGGGCGGUCUACCUGAGCGCUGUCGAGGCCUACGACCCCCAGACCAACGAGUGGGCGCAGGUGGCUCCGCUGUGCCUGGGCCGAGCUGGGGCCUGCGUGGUGGCUGUCAAACUGACGACAAACACACACACCUGAAAAUGUUCGGUUGGCAUUUGUCCUCCCACUUUUCUGGUCUCCAGGGUUACCUUCAAUGACAGAAAGUUUGAUGCCACCAUUUCAACCAAACCAGGAAGAAACAUUUGAUACAUUAAGCUGGAUUAGAUAUAACGCUUAUUAAAGUGUCUCUUUCGCCAUCACACUUUCACAUUCCUUAAGGAUACAGGAAAUGAGAUUAAACAGUAUUUCUAUACCUAACCAGCCUUUUUACUCGUGAGGAUUGGUGACGUCCUCCAAAGGUCACUGUUUCUUUAUCAUCCUGAAGGGGAUUUGGGUCCUCAAGUAUUAAACAAGAACACGCACUGGAACCAGCCCUCUAUUUUGAGAGCAGACUAAGUGCAAAAUGGAGAGUUGAACAGUGUUUAAAAAAUUCAAAAUCAAGAAAAUGCUUGAACCAAGCCAAACAAACUCAUUUCAAAAAUUCAAAAUCGUUUAAAUCUGAAGCGUGUGUUAAAUCUGAAGCGUGUGUUAAAUCUGAAGCGUGUGUUAAAUCUGAAACGUGUGUGUGUGUGUGCAAACGUGGAUGCAGCCAGUGUGUUGACAGACAGGUUGUCAGGUACUUUGUUGUUUAGCUUGUUUGCUACUUUGGCAGAUCCAGGAUGGUCUUAUAGAAUGGAGUACUAGUUAAAGACUGGAUGAGAUUCAUCCACUAGAUGUCCUCAGAUCAGAUUUAUUGGGUUAUUGGUUUCAAUCUGCAAUGUCUAAGGUGGGAGUGUUUCUAUAAUGCAAUAGAGACAGGCAAUAGUAAUGCAUAUUCAGAGCAUUGGGAUUGAUAUGGUUAUAUAAUAUAUACAGUGGAUAUGUAUGGCCUCUGUAUAUCUAGAUAUGUAUAUCUAUGGCCUUUUUAAUAUGUAUGGCCUCUGAGGUAGUACAGCACAUAGAGUACUGUGGCCUACAAGUAGUCAAGGGCUGCUGACAUUGGUAAUUCAUAAGACAUUGGUAAUUCACAUUGAUGUCUCCAAUAUGAACAAUAAAAAAUAUUCAUGAUGAUCAUGAUAAAUUCACUAUA